AUGGGGUCCGACGGGUGCUCCCAGGCAUGGCCAGGCAGCGAGGAGGGGCUGGGCCUGGGGCCGCUCACUCCUGCUGCGGUGGGUCUGCCGUGCGAUGGGGCUCCUGGGGGUGGCAGCAGCGUUUCCGCGGCGUCGGUUCUCAAGCCGUGCUGCAGCAGUAGCUCCAAGGGGGAUGUGGUGGCGGGGAUAGAGAGGAUGGGGGUGAGCGACAAGGGGAAGGAGGAAGGUGGUACGAGGAGUGGCGCGGAGGAGGGGGGAUGGGCCAAGUGGCCUGUGAACGGCGCUGCAGGGGUGGAGAACGGGCACUCAGUGGUGGAGAACGGUGCUACAACAGUGAAGAACGGUUUAGUUCAUCCACACACAUGCACCAAUCCCUCCAGUGCUACUACUGAAUGCGCUUUUAACGAGGCUAAGGUGCAGCUUGCGACUGUAGCACCCGGUUCCCUCUGCGAUUCCGCCGUGUCGAGAAUGAACCCGUUAAAGCCCGGCAAGCCAGUGGCGUGUGUGCUGGGCAUCGGUACAGCGAACCCGGACACGAUUCGGCCGCAGGGGCAGUUCGCCAAGGAGUACCUCUCACGCGUGGGCUGCCACCACGCUGAGACCCAGGCCAAGUUCGAACGCAUCUGCUACCACACGGGCAUAGACAAGCGCCACAUGGUGCUGCCAUGGGACACCAUCGCUGCCAACCCGUGCCUGCAGGAGUUCGGCGCGCCCUCCCUCGCCAUGCGCCAGGACAUCCUCCGUACCGAGGGCGUCAAGCUCGCCGCUGCCGCCUGCGAACGCGCCCUCGCCGAGUGGGGUGGAAACAGAGCAGGCGUGGGGGGAGCGGGUGGUUGGGAAGCUGCGUCGGUGGGCGGUGUGGGAGGGGUGGGCGGGGAAGGGGCUGGGGCGGGGGGGAUAACGCACCUGGUGGUGGUGACGGUGAGCGGGGUGCACCUGCCGGGGCUGGACGUGCAGCUGGUGGAAGCCCUGGGGCUGCGCCGCUCCACCCAGCGCGUGCUGCUGCAGAUGCUCGGGUGCUACGCGGGGGUCACUGCGCUGCGCAUCGCCAAGGAUCUCGCGGAGAACAAUGCUGAUGAAGGGGCGAGGGUGCUGCUUGUGUGCUCUGAGCUCAACAGUCUCAUCUUCCAGGCACCGCACGAGUCGCUCCCGGACAGUCUCGUGUGUGCAGCCAUCUUUGGCGACGGGGCAGCUGCCAUGGUCGUGGGGGCCAACCCCCGCACCCACACCUCCCACGCCGCACCUGCCGCACCCGCCGUAAACACCGCACCUGCCGCACCAGCCCUGCAAGAAGCUGCCACCUCUGCACAGCAGCAGCAGCAACAGCAAGGAGGAGGGGCCUCCUCCCCACCGCUCUCCCCCAGCCCACCCGCCGGGAUUUCCCCCGAGAAGCCCAGCUUUGAGAUUGUUCGUGUGGCGGAGUUUUUUCUGCCCGAGACAAUGCGGCACAUUGCGGGGGAUCUGACUGAGGCGGGGCUCCUGGUGCACCUGCGGAGGGAGGUGCCGCUGCUGCUGCCCGGGCCGGUGAAAGAUUUCAGUGCUGCCCUGCUGGGACUGGCUGGCGUGGGAUUUGCUGAGAGCUUCUGGGCGGUUCAUCCAGGCGGGCGGGCGAUUUUGGAUGCAAUUCAGCGGCAGCUGGGGUUGAAGAAGCAUGCGCUGAGGGCGAGCAGGGAGGUGCUUCGGCAGUACGGCAACAUGUCAAGCGGAUCUGUGCUGUUUGUGCUGGAUGAGAUUCGGAGGAAGAAGAAGUGUGCCGAGCCUCAGUGGGGAGUGGCUUUAGGACGGUCAGCAACUACAUGCGUCCCUCGUCGUGCUGUUACUGUCGCAGCUUCCCCCACGCCAGAUGAUGGGAUUGACACGUCAGCAUUACCUACCCCGUCUCCAGCGGUCGCAGAGCCUGUCGGUUUGUUAGAUAAAGCAGUCAGCUUAUCCACCAGCAGUCAGGCAGCUCCGUCAAUCACUGCGACCCUUGCUACCUCUGCCGACAACGUUAACGUCCCCGUUGACGUCUCUGUUGCUGCUGACGGAACAUCCUUCACUGCUCCUUCAGGUGACGCUUCAGUCUCGCUCAUGUCAUCAUCUGCAGCCCCGUCGUUCGCGGAAGCACCGUCGCCGUAUGAGCUGUCGAGCCUCGAGGCGGCCCUUGAGCAGCAGCCUGCCAUUCUGGUGGUCGUCGCGUCCGUGCUUGUGUUGAUCUACCUCGUCGCAGGAGGUGCGUUUUUCCCCCCGUGCAUCGCGUCCGUCUCGUGCAUAGCUUGA